GCGCCAUGACGUCAUCGGCGAGUGUUGGCGUCUGCUGGCGUUAGGAGCGGUGUAGGGAGUAGUCAGCCGUGGGAACUCUGUCAGUCUGUACUCUGCUUUUCUGUCACUUGGAGCAAGCCCGGGGGACGGUCGGACAGUGUGAGGAACCAUACACGGACUGGAACCGCCCUAAGGUCAGGGCAACGCUUUGACGAUAAGGAGGUACUUAAAGUGUUGAGAGACAGUACAAGAGUAUGGCCGAGCACCAUGGCUUGAUGGAGUUACCAGGCAAUCCCCAUGGUACAAAUAAAUUCCCACGCACUCCUCGAGGUCCGCGGUGUCUCAAGUGCAUCGACGGGUGUCCGGGACUCGAGGUGCAUUAUUGGAGAAAGGUAUGUAAGAAUUGCCGGUGUCCACAGGAUGACCAUGACAUUCCAAUGGACAGGGAGCAGGACUUUCGACCAAUCAGCUUGCUGUUUGACACAGUCUUCUCUCCAGACGCUAAAUCUGAUUGGAUGGAUAGAUUUGAAAAGCUGAAUCUGCAAGACCCAAAAGUUCUGGCCCAGUUGUGUUCACCCCAGAAUGAUGUUGUGAUAUCCAAGCUCAUCAGUGAGAACCUGAGAUCUCAAAAAUACAUCUCUAUGCUACCACAAGACAAGCAAGAAUUUGCAUCACAACUCCGCAGAAAACAACUUCAGCGACAGUUGCCCUUGCACGACCUUGACCCAAGGUUUUGUAAUAGUCUCACAGAAAAGGAAAUGCACAAAUAUGAAAAGUUCUCCGACAAACGGAAAAAGAAGGCAGCUGGAAUUGCACAAAUUAGCGAGGCACCAUCUGGGACUGCAGGAUGUUUGCGAUGCCAUUCGUGUAAGCUGUCAAUGGAGUCGAAAACGGUGGCGGUGUGGGCAGGGCGCCUCCCCGGGGAGUGCUGGCACCCACAGUGCUUCAACUGCACCACAUGCAAGGAGCUGCUGGUCGACAACAUCUACUUCUACAAGAGCGGCGACGUCUACUGUGGCCGCCACUACGCAGAUCUCAUGUAUCCUCGGUGUGACGCUUGUGAUGAGUUGAUAUUUGCACGUGAAUACACACAAGCAGAGAAUCGGUCAUGGCACGUCCACCACUUCUGCUGCUGGUAUUGUGACUCGCCACUCGCCGGGCAGCGCUACAUCGCCAAGAACAACAACCCAUACUGCAUUCUGUGCUUCGACAGGAUCUUCAGCAAGGUGUGUAACACUUGUCAGCGGCCCAUCACCGCGGACUCCCCCGGCAUGAACCACGGUGACCUCCACUGGCACGCCUGUCCCCACUGCUUCAGCUGUAGUUUGUGCGGCCGCAGCCUCAUGAACAACCAGUUCCUCCUCCGCGAGGGCAAGCUCUACUGCAGCGCCGAGUGCAGGCAGCGGCAUGUCAUGUACCCCAACGCCUCCUUUGCCAAACAUUUGGCAUCAUCAUGAACAUGUCCUCAAAGCUGAUUGGCCUUCGCUGAUUGGACCAUUUGAUGCUUCCUUGUCUGUCAUUGGAUGAUUUGAAGGUUGAUUGUGGUGACCAGUGAAAAUGUUUGACAUAUAUUUAUGAGUUAGUGCCAAUAUAGAAUUGGAUAGUUUGAAGGAACGGUGUGUGGAGAUUGUAUUUGGGUGUUCAAGUAUUUCCAGGAACAUAUAGGGAUGUAUCAGUAUGCAGGAAUAGUCAAGGAACAUCUUCAAGCUUGCGCUGCACACAGGAUUCCUUGUCAGUGAACAUCUUCAAGCUUGCACUGCACAUGGGAUUCCUUGUCGGUGAACAUCAUAAGCUUCCUGCUUGUAGGAUUCAUCAAGAAGCAGGUGUUGUCAAAUAACAUCCUCAAGAUUGCUGCUGUUAAAAACGCAUCAAGAAGCAUGUCUGACCUUGAACAUGACCAACUUCCUUGUCAGUGAGAUACACAGAAGAGCAGGUUCAGUCAGUGAACAUUGUCAAACUCACAGCUUCCAAAAUAUGUUACAUGUCUUCAUGUCUCUAUUCACUGACCACAUUGUUGUGGAAUACGAGAAAUAUGUCAUUAAUAUAUGCCGUAAUGUCUAAUUUGUUAGUAAUCAUAAUUGAUAAACCAUUACAUGAUCUUGACCCUGAUUAAUCAAUACUCCUUUUUGUAAAGGACACUUUCUGAAAACCACUUUCAUGUGAGUGUACAAAAUCUGCAUGUGCCGUAUGAGGAAAGGGCCGAAGCAUGUCAUUUACGAAGGUAUGAUCAACCAACUCGUGCAUUAGCGGCUUGAAACAUUGAUUUUCAUUUAUUUAUUCUUUCUUUAACAUUGUCAUUGUUUUACCUUCAAAGUAUUAAUCACAUUGUGCCUCCAUCUGCUAGUCAGGAAUCGACAGUCGUCUGUAUUGGUGUUGUCUUUUCCUUCAGUAUUUCCCGUCUAUAGACGUUACUUCUGAUGUGACAAGCACAAAAUGUCCAUGUACAUAGUUCUUCUCCGGUGUUGUUUAAUUGUUAUGUAGUCUGCCUGUGCCUGUAGUUGCCAGGAGGUGUACAGCCUGUUUUCAUCCUAACUGGGAGGGAAUAUUGUCAGUUUUCACAGAACAUGUGGUUUAGCAAACAUUUUUUAUGCGUAUGUGACAGUUUUCAAAUACAUUUCAUGAUCUUUAUCAUCAUAAAAUAGGGUAGGAUAAUAUUCACUCUAACAAUAGCACAUGCUAUCCGGGAUAUCCUUGCAGAUCAGGUUCAACUAUCUGAUGCAGAUCAAUCAUGAAAACAAAGUGAAAAUUAGUAUUCUUUAAAAAUCCUCUCCUAGUGAGGAUGAAGACAAGAGCCUGUGUGUGUAGUAGCUCCGUGUGUGGUGGUUUCUCUCAGUGUAGAUCAGCUGGGGAGAUACAGUCAGAGGCUUGACCAAACACAAAAUAAUAAUACUGUCUUAAACAUACAUGUAUAAACAAUAUUUUCGAAGGGAGUACGAUAAAAAUUUUAAUCCCCUGGUUAUUGGUUAGUAUUAUCAUGUGAUGCAUAUAUAACGUCAGAAACCAUUUAACGUAUAUAACGUCCUGAUAAGAAUGAUGUCAGUUUAGAUGUAUUCAAACAAAAGCCUGAAAAAAAUAUCAGGAAAUGAAAAAAACUCUCAAAUUUGGAAUCCAGGCAAAUUUAUCCUAUACUUAUGCCAUCUUAUGCUAGUCAGUGAAUUGUUGGGGGAAGUGCAUGUUUGCAUCUGCUGUGGAUGGCUGUAUUUCUUCAGUUUGUAGAGCUGAAGUGAAGCAUUCUGUGAUAUUUAGUAAGAUUUUCUUCCAUUUUUCUCUAUUAAAACCACAUGUUGUAGAGCUUCAGUCAUGCCUUACCCAGGACGUACACAAUGCUAUGGCAGAUCAUACAUGUACUCAAUACGUAGUAGUGUAAGAUGUACAUAUGUUGGAGCUGUUCAUCUGUAAAGGAACAAGCAUGCUCGUCUAUAAGGGCACAUUCAUUUCUUAACAAAUAUAUUUGUGAAAUUUUCUUAUGUUAACAGACCAUCAUCAUUAUUUUCUCAACAUAUUUAUUUAUAUUUACUAAUCUUAAAUUGUGUUCAUUCCUAUCUGUACUUAUAAGGCAUGUUGAUGAGGAUGAUUUUCACUUAUUUAAUAUUUUACAUCUUCAUCUUUGUACAGUGGUGUCAGAAUGAUAUCACUCAAACUUGGACAUAGACUGUUGCCGUGUUUAUUUAGAACAGGUUCAUCCUGUUUUGGUGAUAUUGUCACAUUGUAUCUAGAAGUGAGUCAAUUCAGCUCAGUUCAGUCUUUGUUUUGAAAUAUUGAGUGAAGUGAAAAUAUUCGUUACAAGUCUUCUUGGAAGUUCAUCAAAAUAUUUCUUUUGAGUUUUACUAAUUGCUCAAGUGAGACCAGGCCGGACUUGCUUCACAGAUUACCUGGGUCAGUAUUUCAAGAUGAUGUGUAGUGAUAAAUCUGGGUCACGCAGUCGUGGGAUUCACGCAAUGUCACUUCACAUUCCCAUGAAAUAGUUAUUAUAAUGGGGGAUUAUUUGGGCACAACAAGGAGCUGUCAUUAGGGCCCGGGAAAUUUACUACCCGACCCCCUAUUACCCGACCCUACCCGGGUACCCACUGUAGGCCUCAAGAGUUGAGAUAUACAUAUAAAACGAUCUGGUCAUGCAUACACUGAGGUUGACUGAAGCUUUAUCUUUACUCAAACAUAUAUAAGUCAGAACGAAUGGGUGAAUAAUCAGAAAGAAAUGUGAAUAAUUAGUGACUUGUAGUGUAAGCAUAGAGUUCUGUGACAAGUUUCAGUACCCACUGACCCGAGUACCGAGUUACCCAUCCCAGCCCUAGCAGUCGUGAUUUCAGUUAUUUAAUAUGUGACCAAUAGUCACUGAUCCUAUCUUGAAAGAUUUGUGAAAUCCUUCCAAACAUUUAGCACCCUGCCACUGGCAGCCAGUAAGUGACGUUGUUAUGAUCCUGUUGAUGACAAAAUCGGUGUGGGCCAAUCACAAGAAAGUAAGUAUGUCAUCAUUUCUGAAUCCACAGAUGCUCACAUGUUAGUAUAUGUGCCUCUCUCUACCCCUUCUUCCACACACCCUGUUAUUAGUGAAAUGAACAAUAAUUUUAACUUAAAUUUACAGUUUGGAUGAGAUAAUUAUGGCCAGUUAGAAAAGAGAAACAUUAUUUCUAUAAACAUUGUAGUCAAAAUGCAGUCAUUGUCCUAAAAAUGCCUUGAUUUAAACUAAAUAGAGGGUUGAAAUAACCUAAUGGUCAUCUUCACCAUUUGUCUUUAGUGAAUGAGUGAGUGAGUUUGAUUUGACGCCGCUUUUAGCAAUAUUCCAGCAAUAUCACGGCAGGGAAUACCAGACAUGGGCUUCACAUAUUGUACCCAUGUCGGGAAUCGAACCCAGGUCUUCAGCGCGACGCGUUUGUCUCUAGAAAUGUAAAGUUUCAUCCAAGUUAAUAUUCAUCCUUGCCUAUUUUCCCCUAUCGAUUUAAUAAAAAGGUACAUUUGAUGGCAAAGCUAACCAUUGAUAUGGUGCAUACAGUUCCAAUUAAUUCAGAAUGGAUUAUUAAAUAUUGUCUUGGAGCAUCAUGUAAACAGGACCACCGGAGGAUGGCAAAGGCCGAGCCUUAACCAUGUGCCUUGUUAUGUAGACACCUGACCUCCACUGUAGAUAGAGACUAAUAUAUUCUAUACUCAGACAAUAAAUAUGCCUUGGAAUCUGGUGCCAAACUCUUCAGAGAUUUUUUUACUUGUACAAAUUUAAUUUUAUGCUUAAAUAAACAACUUUUUUUGUA